AUGCUGCAUGCAUAUAGACUUGCAGCUUUAUUAAUGCAUGCAAGAGGAUAUUUGUUUCCCCUUCAUCUCGGUGUAACAGAAGCAGGAGAAGGGGAAGACGGGCGUAUAAAGUCUGCUGCUGGGAUCGGAUCCCUUCUUCAAGACGGCGUUGGAGACACCAUCAGAGCGUCUCUAACUGAGCCUCCUUGGUUAGAGCUGCCUGUGUGCAGAUACUUGCAGCGCAUGCAGCAGCACAAACAGCAGCAGCAGCAGUUGCUGCAGCAGCUGCAGCAGCAGCAGCAGCAGCAAUGGGGCAGAAAGACGCAAGGGCACCGGAAUGCUGCAACAGAUACACCAGCAGCAGAAAUAUCUGCUGCUGCUGCUGCUGCUGCUGCUGCUGUUCCUGCUGCUGCUGCUCGACCUAUCCCUUCUUUUAAGGAGACAUUUCGCGAUUUUAAUGUCUCCAUCAAAAGGAAAUACCUCCUCCGCACGCGGGCAGCAGCAGCAGCAGCAACUGCUGCUGCAGCAGCAGGAGGGGACCCUGCAGCAGCAGCAGCAGCAGCAGCAAAAGAGGGGCUCAAGGGGGAGAAGGAGACACCUAUCUUGCACAGAGACGGAACAGCAAUUGUUGCUGUAGACCCGGAGGAGCUGCUUCAUCGUAGCUCCCUAUACACCGCAUUGGGGCUGCGCGUUGUAGGCGGCAAACCCUUCCGCUCUCAGCUGUCUGCUGAUGCUGUAUAUCUUCGCUCGCUCUUCUUUCUAUACCCAAAUGAUAACCAGCAGCAGCAGCAGGUGCAGCAGCAGCAGCAGCAACAGCAACAGGUGAGGCGGCACCAACAUGAGGACCAACAACGGCGGGUGAAACACGAACAGCAGCAGACCGAGAAGCAGCAGCAGCAGCAGCAACAGGUGCAGCAGCAGCAGCAGCAGCAGGUUGAGAUAAUGAGGGAGCGUCUCCUCAAGGCUAGAGAGACACUUCGCGAGCUGCAGGAAGCAGGUGUAAGUAUAUGGGCGCAGGCUGGGGACAUACAGCAGGUGCAGAUGGCUAUGGAGCAGCAGCAGCAGCAGCAGCAGCAGCAGCUCCUGCUGCUGCAGCGGCAGCAUCAGUUGCAACGUCAGCAGCUCGCACAAGAGAACUACAACAACCAAGAGCAGCUGCAGCAACAGCAGCAGCAGCUCGAACAGCAGCAGGAGCAGCAGCUGCGGCUGCUGAUGCAACAGCAAGAGCAGCAGAGGAGACAGCUGCGUGAGGCUUCGCUGCUGCUGCCGGGGUUCGUAGUGGUGCAGCGGCUGCAAGAUGCUGCUGCUGUCAGCCCUUAUUUAAAUGCACAAUAUUUAAAGGAGACAGCUGGCGCUGCACUUGUUGCUACUGGAGAGGAGACACUUCAGGAGUUCAAAGCAGUUCUUAAUAGACCCGAGGUGAUAUGUUUGCUGCUGCGUCCGCGUGAACGAGGGGUUGUAGGUGUAGCUGCAGGGCGACGCGUAUAUGAGUUAGUUCAGCAGAUAGAACAAGAAGGAGACAGCAGCAAACCAACUGUCUCUUCUCAGCAGCAAACAGAGAAGCUCUCUAUGCCUAUACUUCAGUGGAUUGAAGCCCCACCUCAACUAAACCUAAAAGAUAUUAAAAAGACAGAAGAAGGAGACAACAAGGAGACAGUUAAAGAAAAAGAUAAAAAGGAGACAGUUAAAGAAGGAGACAACAAGGAGACACAAGAGGGACAGGGAGAUGUCUCUCCACAGCACGCGCUGACGCUGUUUGCAGCGUGGGAGUCGGGAUCGCUUUUGUUGGAUGGAUUGGGAUCGGGUAUUUUAAUUGAUGCACCCCACACUUUGUCUCCUUUGCAAAGGAGACACCUGGUGUUUAAUCUGCUGCAGGGCUGCUGCAUGCGCAGCAGCAAAACUGAGUUUAUCUCUUGUCCGUCUUGUGGGCGUACUCUGUUUGAUAUUCAGACAGUAUCUAAAGAAAUACGCGAGAAGACAGGACAUCUACCCGGUGUAAAGAUUGCUGUCAUGGGGUGUAUAGUCAAUGGGAUAGGAGAGAUGGGUGAUGCAGACUUCGGUUAA